AUGUACAGCUCACUCUUUACUGCGAGCCUCCUUCUGGUGCCAACGGUACUAUGCCAGACACCUCCGGGCAUCAGUCCUGCAGCGAGCAAGAACUUGGGUGUGCGUUACAACGACUUAACGCUUUCGGCAAACCAGUUGCUUCCUGAAAGCACUAUCCCCGGUACGCCUACGGUCUCCCUCGACCAGUCCUUGACCGGCACCUACAUGGUCAUGCUGGUCGACCAGUCGAUACCACAAAGCAGUAUCACCUCCACCGGACCUCAGGUUCAAGGACUGCAGCCGUGCCGCACAACCAGAUUGCACUGGCUUCAGACUAGCUUAAGUCAGACGAGCAGUGGGACGUUCGUGAGCAACUCGUCUGCGAUCGCAGAGUAUGGCAGCCCACUCCCAGGACUGGAUGACAUCGCCCAUACCUACGUAUUCUGGCUGUUCCCGCAACCCGCCAACUUCACUCUGCCGCCCUGGGACGCUGGACGGGUCUACAACCCCAUCGAAGUGUACGCCAGGAUGAACUUCUCAACCAAUGUAAUCGCGCAGGAGGUCGGCGCGCCCAUUGCAGCAUCACUGGUCUCUGUCCCUGUGUCAGUCUCCAUGCCAAGAGCUGGCGAACACAAUUCUGUCUGGUAG